AAGGACCGGCACGAGGAUUGUUGAAGUUUAUCCGGGGAGCUCGAGGCGGCGCGGGAGACAGACACCCGGUGCUGGGGAGCCCGGCUGCAGGUGUGUGGGCAGCACGGCGCUGUGUUUAUCUGAGCGCUGUGUAAACAACCAGCCUGUGGGCGGGGUUUGGGUUUGUUGUGUGAGCUAGUAGUUAUCUCUCUUCUUAAUUUCCUUUGUCCUGGAAAGCAGCCAUACUAUCCUCUUCUUUCACUCUCCCUGCAAGUUGAUGGUACCAUUGGUGUUUAAAUUAUACGGGUUAUUGCACUGCCCCUUUAAAUGUUAUGGGUGGCCGCGCUGCCCCUUUAAAUUUGAUGUGUGGCCGCGCUGCCCCUUUAAAUUUGAUGUGUGGCCGCGCUGCCCCUUUAAAUUUGAUGUGUGGCCGCGCUGACCAUUUAAAUUUGAUGUGUGGCCGCGCUGACCCUUUAAAUUUGAUGUGUGGCCGCGCUGACCCUUUAAAUUAUACGGGUUAUCGCGCUGCCCCUUUACAUGUUAGGGGUGGCCGCGCUGCCCUUUUACAUGUUAGGGGUGGCCGCGCAUGUUAGGGGUGGCCGCGCUGCCCCUUUACAUGUUAGGGGUGGCCGCGCUGCCCCUUUACAUGUUAGGGGUGGCCGCGCUGCCCCUUUACAUGUUAGGGGUGGCCGCGCUGCCCCUUUACAUGUUAGGGGUGGCCGCGCUGACCCUUUAAAUGUUAGGGGUGGCCGCGCUGCCUCUUUAUGCUGGUUCCUGCGCUGGUCCUUUAAAUUAUUGGGCUUACCCUUCUGCCGCACAUCAAUCAGUGCAGCAAUGAAUUAACACAUUCUUGUAGUGUUUGACUCCAUAGGUCAAAGAAGUGACAUAGGAUCACCCUAUGAGUUUUUAAGUAGAUGUCAUUCACCUUGGAUAUUUACACAGGCUUGUUUAAAUGUGUAAACAUAUUUUCUUAAAAAUAAACAAUGCAGACUAAAAGAGGGAUCAAAAUCAAAUAAUGUAAUUGCAUGACAGGAAAAAACAUAUUGUUUUUUUGUUUUUGAUGCAAAGUCCACUGAAUUGCAAAAUCAAGUUUAAACAGCUUGUAACUGCAUAACAAAAAUUGUCGUUUUCCAUACAAUCUAUUCUGCUUUAGAUUUUGUGCUUUGCGUGUCACUGAAUUCAGUGUUUGAUAGAAAAAAGAAACAUAAAUAUGAGAGGACUGUGGUAGGGAGUAUUUGAAAUUGUUCAUUAAAGGUGUUUCUAAAAGUGUCAAUUUCUUUGCUGUUACAGUAAAUACUUUGAAGGAACACUCUAGGCCAGGGGUAGGCAAUCCACGGCACGUAUGUCAUGCAUGGCACUCUAGGUUGCCAGAGCCAAACAGACACUGGCCUGUCAGAAAUCUGCUAGUGCAAACUAAGUGGUGAUUGCAGGUGGUGAUCCUUGGGCCCCCCUCACCCUCAGGGCCCUCCUCCAGCUGGGCUGUAGUGUGAGGAAGGGGUUAAUCCCUUACCUUUUUUCCAGCGCCGGGCUCUCUCCUCCUCCUUUCCCGCCAUCGGCUGCAUGCGCGAUACGAGCCACGCGCGCAUUCAGCCAGUCUCCUAGGAAAGCAUUCUCAAUGCUUUCCUAUGGACGCUGUCGUCUUCUCAAUGUGAAAAUCACAGUGAGAAGCGGCUCUAGCUGCUGUCAAUGAGACAGCCACGAGAGGCUGGAUUAACCCAUUUGUAAAGGAGAAACUACUAUGUUUACAGCAGAAACGGUUAAUCCUAGAUGGACCUGGCACCCAGACCACUUCAUUAAGCUGAAGUGGUCUGGGUGCCUAUAGUGGUCCUUUUAAGGACAAUCCUUAAUUUACCCAUUGCAGCGCAUAAAGGAAGUGAUCUACGAUCACUCCAUCUCAGCACUUAUGAACGGGUACCAGCACUGGAGUAGAGCAGCCCACAGCAGCUAUCACAGAUUUUGACCUGCACUUGGCCAACCCGUUGCAUCCUGGAUCCCAGAGAAGCCACCCACACUGCUAGAUAUAUACACAGAGCUGCAAAAGAAGCCUUCCUAUUAUACAAAUAAUAUAAAUAGCCCACACACACAGUCCCCACAACACCACUGACCAUCCACAUACACAAUCUCACAAGCUGCACCUCACAUGCACUACCCCAAGCAGCCCCACACAUAUAUACACACAAUAUGACAUAACAUCCACACACACAAUUCCACAAGCAGCCCCCAUACACAGCCCACAUUUAUCGUUAUCAGGCACAAUAUAACAGCCCACAUAUCCAUAAAUACAAUGGUACAAAGCAACUGCAGCAACCCUAAAUUACACAAGCAGAAUACAGUAACACACAUCUCAAUUAAAAAAAAAAAAAAAAAAAAAGACCGGCACGCCAAGGGACUUCAACUUCUUGUUUUGACACAGUACUACCAAAAAUAAAAAAAAGUUGCCUACCCCUGCUCUUGGCACUAGAACCACAGUUGUUUUUUUUUUUUUUGGUUUCUGCAGUUUCUAGUCACUGGGUCCCCCAUUAUCUUAUGGAUAACCAGCAACAUUACUGUGCAUGCGCAUAGUGUGUAUGUUAACAAAUAUACAUUCCUAAAGAUUGUGAAUGACACUCUUCUGAGAAAACUCCUGUAAAGGCAUGCAAAUGGCUGUGCAGCUCUCAACCUAAAAAUAAUGAUGUUGUGUUUUACCAGGAGUGUAUCCGUAAAUAAAAUAACUUUAAUUUAUAUAUUGCUUCUAGCCAUGUGACUAGUGUAAUGUAUGCCAGAUUAGGUACCUGUUGCUGUAAAGGUUGGAAUGAAAUUCUAACCCUAACAGAGCUUUUGGCAGGGGCAAUCCCAAAUGUGCUGAAUUGUUCAUAUGUCUUGGUCAAAAGUUCACAUUCCAGUGCAACAGGUUGCAAUACCUUAAAAAAAAAAAACUUCUACAACUUUCUUGUUGAUCACUUGUUGAUUUAAAAAAAUAUAUAUAUAUUUUAUUUAAAUUAGUAGCUCUGAUUACUUCUCUGCUCUGCGGUCUGUCAAAUUAAAACGGAUUAUAAUGCAGGUCAAGGGUAGAUCAGGAACAUCAUUUCUGAUAGACAGAUCACAUACAUCCCAUCCAAACCUUUUCAUUCCACUGCCAGUUCUUUUCCAACAGUGAACAAGACCACUUUUGAUUUUGUCAAUGCUGUCCUGAAGUUUACACGAGUAAGGGUACUGAGGCUUGUUUCUUUGUAAUCAAAGGAUGAGGAUGUACCAGUUCUAAUUGGUUCAAUAUGCACUGUAUUCCUGAUCUGGUAGUUAUGUGAAUAGAGAUGUGUGUUUACUCUGACAAGAUGCCCUUUUGUGAAAUUUGGAGGAGUAGCACAGUAGUGAUUGUACUUUCUUUGAGUAUGCUUUGAUGUUUUGGUUUUUUUAUUUUUAAAUUCAGUGAGUGACUCUCGUGCAUGCACAGUACAGCAAUAGGGCAUCCAUUAACUGGUUAAUAAAAAAUUAAAAAACUACUGUCUUUUAGGAUGUGAAGCAACUAGCUAAUGUUUAAUCUGUGACUCAUGCGUGACUGUGUGUAGGCAUUCUAAUGAGAUGUCAUUUGUGCUGAGAUGCAACAUUUAUGGUCAUGGUAGCUCCUUAUGGUGUUACACAAACCUGCGGAUCGGUGACCUAGGAGAGACCCCCAGAAAAUGCAUAGGUAGCCUAGCAUCAUGUAGUCAUAAUAAAGAAGGGGGAGCUCCUAGUCUUUUACUAAAGUGUCUGAAAGUGGAACUAUUUUUGCAUGUGAUAUGUACAUUUACUCUGUGACAUGAUCUCUUGUGUGACUUGAUGUGAAACACGGAACUGAAUGGCAACAUUACAUGUCUUAUUGCACGAUCAUGGGAUCAGAGCAUGGCAUCAUUGGAUGGAUAUACACACACACACACAGUUGUUAUUGAAAUUUCUUCAACCCCUAUUGAAGAUUUGAAUGUAUUGUCAAAAUGUACAGACGUUCAGUUGUUUGCAAUGAACAAAUGAAACAAAAGCAAUUGAAAUAGCUCAACACAACGAAUGCUUUAACGGCCAAUUAAUCUGGGAAUUUCUUGAAAUUACCUGCUCGUUGAACAGUUGAGUUGUCUCAGGAGGUCCAUUGUGGUCCUGACUGUAUGGGCAGUAGUCCCAUUCUGUUGAAACCACAUUUCAAGAUGAUUUUUCACUACAGGACGUAACAUUUUUUUCCCCAUCAUAUCUCUAUCGCACACAAGUAAAAUUCCUCUAUUUUUACUUGUUGUUCCUUUGUAAAAUUACCCAUGAUGAAUCUCUUAAAGGACCACUAUAGUGCCAGGAAAACAUACUCGCCCGGCUCUGGAAGGGGGAAAGGGGUUAAAACUUACCUUUUUCCAGCGCUGGGCGGAGAGCUCUCCUCCUCUUCUCCUCCCCGUCGGCUGAAUGCGCACGCACCGCAAGAGCUGCGCGCGCAUUCAGCCGGUCACAUAGGAAAGCAUUCAUAAUGCUUUCCUAUGGACGCUGGCGUGCUCUCACUGUGAAAAUCACAGUGAGAAGCACGCAAGCGCCUCUAGUGGCUGUCAAUGAGACAGCCACUAGAGGAAAUAGGGGAAGGCUUAACCCAUUCAUAAACAUAGCAGUUUCUCUGAAACUGCUAUGUUUAUGAAAAAAUGGGUUAACCCUAGAAGGACCAGGCACCCAGAACACUUCAUUAAGCUGAUGUGGUCUGGGUGCCUAGAGUGGUCCUUUAAGUUGAACUACUAACAAAUGUUAUUUUCCUUUAAAUCCUACUCUACUGUAUGUGUAUAUAUGUGUGUGUGUAUGUAUGUGUGUAUAUAUAUAUAUAUAUAUAUAUAUAUAUAUGUGUGUGUGUGUGUGUGUGUAUGUGUAUGUAUGUAUGUAUGUAUAUAUAUAUAUAUCUAUAUCUAUCUCUAUCUCUCAUGUCAUAUAGCUCCAAUUUUAAUUGUUUUUAUGUAUUGUACCACUUUUGAUAAUAUGGACUCAUUUUAAUUUUUUUCCAAUCAUCUUUGACCACAUUUAGGUAUUGCAAGAUUAAACUGAUAGAAUGAGUCAGAUCACUUCUUCGUCGCCCAUGAGUUUGCGUAAGUAUUUUGUUACAAAUUUAAACUGCACUUUUUUUUUUUUGUCAAACUUGCAUCUUACUUAGUAGUCCAAAAAAUUAAGGAUGUAGGGUUUCCUUUGAGCAUCUAGAAAAUUGUAAUGGGCAGUGUGAGCAACAGUGAAAUAACAUUAGGCUAUAGACAUGGCUUUAAUGCAACAUUUUCUAGUAAUUUAGUUAAAUGGACACUAUAGUCACCAGAACAACUACACCUUAUUACAUUUGUUCUGGUGAUCAUUCCCUUCAAGCUUUUUGCUGUAAACACUUUAUUUUCAGAGAAAAUGCAGUGUUUACAUUAUAACCUAGGGAUAACUCUACUGGCCACUCCUCAAAUGGCUGCUAGAGGUGCUUCCUGGGUCAGUGCUGCGCAGUGUCUCCACCCUCUGCGUGCAGACACUGAACUUUCCUCAUAGAGAUGCAUUGAUUUAAUGCAUCUCUAUGAGGAGAUGCUGAUUGGCCAGGGCUGUGUUUAAUUUGUGCUGGCUCUGCCUCUAAUCUGCCUCCCUGACCAGCUCAGCCAAUCCUAUGCAUUGUGAUUGGCUCAGACCACCACUUCUGAUGAUGUCAGCAGACAGUGGGCAGGUCAGGGGCAGAGUCAGCAGCUGCAGACGUGACUACAAAUAAGAUUUUACUAUAUUUAAUGGGCCAUCGAGGCUGGGUGGUUGGUUUAACACUACAGGGUCAGGAGUACAUUUGUGUUCCUGACCUUAUAAUGUUCCUUUAACAAAAAUGUAUACAUGAGAAGAUAUUCUCUUUAAAGUGGUAUAAUGUAUUUUGACAGGUGCCCUUUAAAACGCUGGUAUUUUUAAUUUUUUAUUUUUCUCCACUCGUGCAUUGCAGAGGUCGAAAAUGAUGGUCAAGUGACUAAAAUGUAUGGCAAAUAUCUUUUUGUACAAGGAAUACUGCCUUCUUAAACAUUUUGGCCUGUGCUAGUUCUUGGCAGUGAGCAAUCACUGUUCCUCAGUAGAUAGAUUGACUUGGCUAUGUUUAACCAUACCCAUUAAAGUAGUAACAGAUCCCGAGAGGGUUGGCCCUCACUGCUCUAAAGGUUACUGUUCUAUAUACUGUAGGCAUUCUUUGCCGUAUGUAACUCAGGAUUUAUUUCCAUGUCCUUUCCUUUAGCUUGCAUGCUCUGUGGCCGGCAGGAUGAUUGCCCUGAAAAAUAUGGUGAGAAAAAGACAUUGCAUAACUUGACCUUGCACUAUAACUGUCUGGUAAGUUUAUCAAAAACAUCUUUCAUCCUUAUAUAAUCCAUAGUCUUCUCAGUUAGUAGUAUAGUGAUCUUGGUAGACACGUUUCUAUAAUCGCCUCAGAACUUAUUGUUCUGUAUCUGUACAAUUUUCUUAGCUAAAAGGUGUGUUGUUCUAUGUAUAUGACGUAUGUGAUUAAACAAAUGUAUGGAAUAUGUGACAUGUCUGCGUUUCCUUUUAGCUGUUGUCCAGUGGUAUAUGGCAAAGAGGAGAAGAGGAUGAAGGAAUAUAUGGCUUUCUUUUGGAUGAUAUUAAGAAGGAAGUGAAUAGAGCCAAGAAACUGGUAGGCAAGAAGAUUUUGUCCUUGUGAACUCUUACCACAGAACAAGCACAAUAUACAGUGUCUAUGUAUGUGUAUGUCUAAAUGUAUCCCACAUGCAUGCAGGCCUCAAAAUUUCUUCUAGGCGUUGGCUAAUGAAACUUCCAGGAUAGCUGUGGAUGGUAACUUAAAGUCUAGAUAGUGGUUCAGUACUCGUAAUUUUAAUGUACACCGGCAGGCCUACAUGUGUCCAUAAUGGCCAUUAUUAACCCCUUCCCGACUUUGGACGUACCAGGUACGUCCGACACAAAGCAGUCGUUAACGACCUCGGAUGUACCUGGAAGUCCGAAGCAAAUCUGAACCAUUUACUUACCUGGACCGGGGAUCCCCGGCCAGAGCUGCUGUAGUCCACCUGCAGCAGCUCCGGCACUCCAGGGCCAUGUGAUCACAUGGACGCAAUCGGAGUCUAUGGAGCUGUCAGGCAGUCCCCCAGACAGCUAAAAUGUUGUAAAGAAAAUGAAUGAAACUUUAAAGUAUUAUAUAUGUAUAAUAUAAUUAUAAAAUAGUUAAAGAAUUUUAUGAUAUACAAAUAUAAUGCACAUAUGAUUUCAUUAGAAGUGUACUUUGAGAUAUAUAUAUAUAUAUAUAUUUAACUAUUUAUUUUUAUUAAUUAUAAUUGUGACAACCCAGGCACACAUUCAAGAGAAUUUAAUUGGCAAGCCCUCUAUUUAACCCCGUAACUUUCCAAAACACCAUACAACCUUUACAUGCGGGGUAUUUUAUACUCUGGAGACUUUGCUGAACACAAAUGAGUUUUUCAAAACCGUAAAAGUGCAGUUUUGGGGUUUAAAAAAAAAAAAAAAAAAAUGCUGAAAACAAAAACACCAACUUUGGCCAGCAUUCGUGCUUACUACAAAAGACUAAACUUACCCCAUUUGGAAUACCGUGAGUUGGCUACAUUUUGCAAAUGGUAUGCCAUGAUGAGGUUAAUUCACGUUCCUGGGAUACCAUAUGGUCUUAAAAGGCAACCUAGACCUAGCAAACCAAUCUACCAAACUGUAAAUUUCCAAAACACCAUAAAACCUGUACAUGGGGAGUAUUGUUAUACUCUGGAGACUUCGCUGAACACAAAUGUGAGUGUUUAAAACCGUAAAACUUAUCACAAAGAUGAAAUCACCAGUAAAAGUGCAGUUUUUGUGUUAAAAUUUUCUUUUUUAAUAUUUUGCAAAAACAAAUAUGAACGACGUGACUACUACAAAAGACUGGACUAUUGUCCAGUCUUUUGUAGUAGUCACUUCGUUCAUAUUUGUUUUUGCAAAAUAAUAAUUUUUUUUUGAAUACCUUGGGUUUUCUUACUUUUUUCGAAUGGUAUGUCAUGGGGGGGUAAAUUUUCAUUUCUGGGCUGCCAUACCGUCUCAAAGGCAACAAAGACAAUCUGGCAAAUAGCAAUUUACAAAAACAGAAAUUGGCAAAUCUUAUGUUUGACCCUGUAACUUUCCAAAUCACCAUAAAACCUGUACUGUAGGGGUACUGUUGUAUUUGUGAGACAUUACUCACUGACUAAUGUCAGUGACAGGGACGUUUUUUGCGUUUUUCACACACAAACGCCAUUUUCACUGACCAUAUCAUUGUGGUACGUUUUACUGUAUUGAAACACUAAUAUUUGUGUUCAGCGAAGUCUCCCGAGUAUAACAGUACCCCCCAUGUAGUGUUUUUGAAAAUUACAGGGUGAAAUAUAGGGCUUUUUUUUUAACAUUGAAAUUUGCAAGAUUGGAUAUGUUGCAGUUGAUAUGCGUAUGGUAGCCCAGGAAUGAGAAUUACCCCCAUGAUGGCAUACCAUUUGCAAAAAAACACAACCCAAGGUUUUACAAAUUAGGGAUGUUCAGUCUUUUUUAGUAGCCACUUAGUCACAAACAAAACAGAGAGUAAGCGCUACCUAGUGUGUGGGCAGCAACCCUAUAAGGGAAUCCCUCAAAAACCCUUAGAAGUAACACUAAAAAGGAGAAAAAAUAAAAGGUAAGGGCUGCGCCAAGGAAAACUAGAUAUAAAAAAUAUAACAAAUAGUCCAAAUAAAAUAUGUGAAUAAAAAGAAAUGAAAAGUCUUAUCUAAAAUAUUUUUAUUGAGGUCGUAGAAUCUAUCCGUACUUGAUCCAGAACAAUUGUCCUUGUUAUUCUCCUCCGUAUGGGUCCGCUCAUAUGUAAAAGAUAAAGUGGAGAGCCAAAUAGUGUAGUAUGCUUAAAAAGAUAAAAAUAGAAGGCUGAAAUAAAACUCACAUUUAUAAGAGCUUAUACUCGCUCUAGUGUGAAAGGCGUACACAUUUAUAAGAGCGAGUAUAAGAUCUUAUAAAUGUGAGUUUUAUUUCAGCCUUUUAUUAUUUUAUCUUUUUAAGCAUACAACACUAUUUGGCUCUCCACUUUUUUAUCUUUUACAUAUUACCGGACCCAUACGGAGGAGAAUAACAAGGACAAUUGUUCUGGAUCAAGUACAGAUAGAUUCUACGACCUCAAUAAAAAUAUUUUAGAUAAGACUUUUCAUUUCUUUUUAUUCACUUAUUUUAUUUGGACUAUUUGUUAUAUUGUUUAUAUCUAGUUUUCCUUGGCGCAGCCCUUACCUUUUAUUUUUUCCACUUAGUCACAAACACUGGCCAAAGUUAACAUUCAUAAUUGUUUUUUGCAUUUUUAACACAAAUAUGAAUGCUAACUUUGGCCAGUGUUUGUGACUAAGUGGCCACUAAAAAACACUGGACAUACCCCAUAUUGAAUACCCUGGGUUGUCUACUUUAAAAAACAAUAUGUACAUGUGAGGUGUGAUUCAGAGAUUUAUGACAGAUGACAGUGUUACAAUGUCAAUGUACCUAUAACCCCUAUAACUUGCACAGAAAAAAAAGCUAAGAACAUGUUAACAUUGGGUAUUUCUAAACUCAGGACAAAACUUAGAAACUAUUUAGCAUGGUUUAUUGGCUGUUGUAAAUGCUUAGAUUUUGGGGGUCAAAGUUAGGAAAAAGUGGGUUUUAAAAAAAAUAAUGGUAUCUUUAGAUAGACCAUGUAAUGGCGAGAAAAACGGAAUAUAAUAUGUUUGGGUAAAGUAAAUGAGUAAGAGGAAAAUUACAGCUAAACACAAACACCGCAGAAAUGUAAAAACAGCACUGGUCUUUAACGGCAAGAAGAAAAGAAAAACGGUCUGGUCACUAAGGGGUUACAGUCCUAAAAAAAGACAUGUUCCUUUCUCUUUACAGUUUUGGACUACUUUUACUUACUAUUAAUUUCAAACCAUGAACAAACCUAUCUUCAGUUGGCCUGGACAUUGGAAAUGUCCCCUUAAUGUUACAGCACAACAGAAAGCCAUAAUGUCACCAGUGCUCAUGAGCUGUCAGCGGGUGUACCAUUGUGCACAUUAAUGAAUAUGCAAUGUAUUUAUCAUACUACUACUUAGAUUCUCUAUGUUUAAGUAAUCACAAACAUGACAUACAAGUCUCAAUACUUCAUAAAAUGCCCUGGCUUUAUUUUCCCAUUUAUGCUUCGUUGCCAACUGACUUAUCUAAGUUCCCCUCUCACCAGCUGGAGAUUCUUUCUUGUCAUUCUCUCUCCAUCAAUGUAUUUCUUUCUUCCCUCCAGAAAUGCUGUCUAUGUAAAAAUCGGGGAGCCUCCAUUGGCUGUGUGACCCCCAGGUGUAAAAAGAGCUACCAUUACCCUUGUGGUGUUGAAAAAGAAUGCAUCUUCCAGUUCACAGACAGCUUCAGGUAAUAGUACCAAUUGCGAUAAGAUAUUUGUGUUUGUGUUGGGCUUUUCAGGUCUACAAAGAUGUUCUUCUGGGGAGAGUAACCAUUUAUACAGAUUGGCAUCUGUUUUUUGGGGGGGGUUGGGUUGUUCAGCACAUAGUGUAUUCAAUGUGUUUCUGUCCAAGUCUGCAUGCACUGCUUUUUCAUUGUCCCAGCCCCAUGAUCUAAGAUUCUUUUUUUAUUUUUAAAGUAAUGCUAAACUGUAUCUGUGUAUUGAUCAUGCUCCUGCAGUGUCACUGCUCAAAUCACGUUUGUUUCUGUUUAUGCAGCCCUAGCCAAACAUCCCUUGCCUGUGACUCACACAUCUAACGUGAAAAAUAUGGUAUAUCUUUAACUUUCAAUCAGAGGUUAGCUUGCUUUUAAAAGGUUUAUUUUUUUUCUUCUGCUCUGUAAAUUGAACUUUAGUCACACACGUUUGGCAGCGAAACUGCAGUAGCAUUAUGUAUACACUAAAGUUCUUUUGGUGCCUAUUGUAUCUUUUGGUUGUUUUUUGCCUCAUUCAUACAUAGUUUUCGUGCACAGUUCAUGACUUACUCCCCUGUACAGGUCAUACUGUUGGGAUCAUCGGCCUGUUCAACAUGUUCAUUCUUCUCAACUUGGAGGUUCCUCUCAUUGCACAAUUUGCCUAGAAACUAUUGAACACACCCCUUCCUACCAUGUCUUGCACAGCCCUUGCUGCAAAUCCUCCUGGUUUCACAGAGAUUGCUUGCAGGUAUGUAAUGACAUCUGAAGUGUUUUUAUUACACAUCUGAAUCGAGCUAAUGAUGAAGAGCUACUUAGUGUAAGACUCUGCAUUUUGUAUUUUUGAAGGUUUUUUAAUUGCAACCCAAAGUCUAUAUUACCGCUGUCUUUUUAUCCCCAGUAUCAGGCACUAAGCGCUGGUUUGCAUUUUUUCCGCUGCUCUGUGUGCAACAACAAGGACAAGUUUCAGAACGAAAUGCUGCGCAUGGGAAUCAAUAUACCAGAAAGGUAAAUGUUUUCUGGCUGUGCUAACGAAGGGUCGCAACCUUCUUGCUUCUUGUCUGUUAUUCAUGCAUAUUUUGCAAAGAUCCCCGACGCAGACAGACCCAGUGUGAGUCUUACUUGCCUCCGGCUGUCCCUCGCCGAUGCUGCCAUCUUCCUGCCACAGGCCGCUUCCGCUACCAGAAGCUGUCAGUGCUGUACUCUCCUGCAUGUGCGAAAGUAUAACACUGAGGUCUAUUGAGGAUCCCGUGAGAUGGUGGAAUCCUCCAUAGACAAAAAUAAUAUAUGUUGGCACACCCCUGUUAAGGUGGUGCUGGUAUCAAAGUGGCCUACCAAAUCGUUACCUCAAAUAAUGUACAAAAAUAAAAACUGAUACCGUAGUGAAAAAUACUAUGCAAAAAAAAAAAUGUUUUAUUCAAUUGAGACUUAAGUAUGUUUGUGUUUUGUUUUUUUUUUUGUUUUUUUGUCGUCUCUCCAUAGACAAAAACUGAAUCCCUUUAGCUGUCAAUUAUGAAGGCUUUAGAUAACAGUUGACAGAGGAGUUCCUCCUUUUGUCAAUUAGGUUUUACCAUAAGACACCGCAGCCCUUACCUAAUCUGUCUCCUAUGUUUAUAUUGCAUUGGAAUGUCAUUGAAUGUAUAACAGUCUUAAUCAGUAUUUCAUAAGGAUUAUAUGUUUAUGUUAAAAGUGAAAUAAGAGAAGUGGAAUUUGGGCCCCAUUAAACAUUUCAACAUUUGGCAUGUACGUGUUUAUUUGAAGAUUUUUUAAUAUAGUGUGUGCACGCAUGCUCUUUAGCGUCAUGGAGGGCUGACCUUGAUGUGAUCACUCUACUUGCUAGGUGCGGUGCUAGUGUUUCUGAAGCUUGCAAGUAGAACACAUCCCAAAUUGACUGAACAGUUCUCUUUUCUAGUUUUAAAAUCACAGUUUUGCUACUUUGAAUCUCAAACAGAGUCAAAUGCUGUUUAGCCUUCUUGGUUUCAGUCAACUUAAAUGUCAACGGUGCUUGGUGCGUUCAGCGAUGACCUGAAAACAGUGUGAAGAGUAACUGGUGAAUUUGGUUUUAAAACAGCUUUUUGUGCAAUAAAAGAAGUGUGGGUUUGUAAAUAUGCAUCUAAAAGGCCAAAAGCAUAAACUUAAUUUACAUAAAAUAUAUUUGACCAUUUCCCUUUUAACACUGCUAACUUGUAUCUGUGUAUCCUUUCCUUGUUAACUCUACCUGAGAUUUAGGCACUUGGAUAUGGUAUCUUGCAUAAAUGAGACUUUAUUACAUACGUGUGGUGAUGAAAGAAACUAUAUAGAAUGAACUAAUUUUUAAGUUGACUGGAGUUAACAGACUUUUUGACUUUUGCUAAAUAAUUAAUGGCUGUCUACUAAAUUAUUUGAUCUUUACAGGGAUGCAUCAUGGGAGUUGGAGGAAAACGCGUUUCACGAACUACUAGAGCGAUAUCAGCACUGUGAUGUUGAGAUGUGUAUUUGUCCAAAUGGCCGUGAAUUUAACAAACCAGACAGGUGAGCUCACUGUGGAAACAUUGUAUAACUUUAGCACUUUCAUGUGAUUCAGCGUCUUACUGAAGAGGUAUUAUCUUUGGCCAUCUAUUAUAACCAUACCCGGGCCUUGAAUCAAAUGAAAGUUUUGUUGACUUAAAAAAGAAAACAAAAAAAAUAUUUCAAACUUUCUAGGGCAAACUUAGUAAAGUUUGAAUAAAUAGCUGUAUGUAACAACUUCCUCAAAAUUCAAUUUCUUCCCCCACGUUUUGCACAUCUAUUUGCAAUUCAUCAGAAUUCACUGUUUAAGAAACCCUUUGGUAACAUUUUAUAGAACAUUUUAUGUGUAAUAUCCUUCACUUUUCUGGAGGUUAAAUCUUGCCUGGACUCUCCCCUGUAGUACAGUUCGUGUUUUACAAGCACAAUGCAUUUGUAAACCUACUAUGAUCUGUCCAGGUUAUACACCCUUUUCAAGAUAACUAAUUUAUACAGUAUCCAGUUGUGUGACUUAACUUUUGUAGUCAAGUAUACGUAUGAAACAAGUGGACUGUGUUGGCUAGAUUUUUACUUCACUCUCUCAUCUUCUGCGCAGUAAAUGGGAAAUUUUGCGUUGUCAGUGCUGUGGAUCCAAGGGUACGCACCUGGCUUGUUCGUCCCUAAUGAAAUACAACCAGGGCUGGGAUUGCACAGAAUGUAAGAACAUUGUCUGUACUCCUGGUAAGUGAAUGUUAUUUUACUAAGCAUUAUCAUUGUUGUCUCUUGGUUAUGUUAUGGAGUAUGUUCUUUCUCUUUUUUAAGUUCUCCUAAAUAAAGUCUAAAUUAAAGCCUAUAUUUUAAAUGUGACAAUUCAAAGAUUACGAGAGAAACAAGCACAAACAAGAAUCCAGUAUAUAACUACACAAACGGGCCAAAGAGUUAUGCUACCUAAACAGGUGUGCAGUGAGUUUGCUAAAUAUUAUGGCUUUCUGAACAAUCUUAAAGGUAACCCAGUUGCCAGAGAGAAUGAAAACAUACUUAUCUAAGCUCUCAACACACUAAAUGCAACACAGAUGGCUGACCUUCCUUAACCCAUUACCAAUGAAUAAGGAGAGGCCUACAUAAAGGGGCUUCCAAAGGGGAAAGCACCAGGACCUGACGGCUAUACAAAUCUUUAUUAAUUUACAUUUAAAGCCACAUUAGUUCCACAUUAAACUAAGAUGCUCCGUAACGCAGUACAAAACAGAAAACUUUCAUACGAAUUCCUGGCCGCCCAAAUAAUCACUUUACCAAAGCCAGGCAAACCACCAUAUUCCUACUAAUUUUAGAAGCACAAAAAAAUAUAUGCGAAUAGACUGAAACCAAUUCUACCACACUUAAAGGAACACUAAUAGCACCAAAACAACUUUAGCCUAAUGAAGCAGUUUUGUUGUAUAGAUCAUGCCCCUGCUGUCUCGCUGCUUAGAUCUCUGAUAUUUAGGAGUUAAAUCCAUUUGUUUAAACAGCUCUAGUCACACCUCCCUGCAUGUGACUUACACUGCCUUCCAAACAAUUCCUGUAAAGAGUCAUCUAAUGUUUGCACUUUAUUUAUUGCAAGUUCUGUUUUUAGAUUAUUUAUUUUAUUUUUUUUAUCUCGUGCUCUGUUAAUAGCCUUCUAGAUCUUCCAAGAACCUUCUGUAUGUGACUAAAGUUCGAUUUUACAGAGCUGGAGAUUAAAAAAAUAUAUAUAUAUAUUUAAAGUAAGUUACAUCUGAUUGAAAGUGCAACCAUUUUUUCAUGUGGGCUGUGUCGGUAACAGCAGGGGAGGUGUAGCUAGGGCUGCAUAAACAGAAACAAAAGUGAUAUAACUCCUAAACGGUAGAGAAUUGAGACUGCAGAGGCAUAAUCUAUAUACAAAAACUGCUUCAUUUGCUCAAGUUAUUAUACUUUCUUAGAAUGUUACAAAUCAAAGUACUACUACAAAUCAUCAAACCACAUAAUUGAUCAGGUUCAGUUGGAACAACAGAGAGCCUAGAGUUCCAUGGAGGUUUCUAAAGCAAAAUGUAAGGAUAAGGGGGCUUGGGACUCUAAUACAUAAAAGAAUAUUACCACACGGCACACCUAGCCAAUGUUAUAGCACGUCACUCCACAGGCUAGAAAACUCAAUGGUGUGACAUUGAAACAUGUCGGACACAAGGCACAAGCCUUAUCAACUUAUUAAUACUCAUGGUUUAUAGAAAAUCUGUCAACCGUCCUCCCCCCCCACCAAAUUGUCAAUUCCAUAUGGGACUACAUGCCUGUGGUCAUUAGCCACACAGCCCUUCAUACAUACGCCACACUGUCAAUCACAAAAAUUGGUGAACAAUAUGGAAUAACAUACCUGUGCUAGUUAUUUGAGGGUAAUACCAUGCUCAGAUUUCCAAAGCUGCAGGAAAUUUUUUACCUAAACGACAAAGCCCUUUUUUCACAUUUGCAACUCACACAUGUUAAGUUAUAGCAUCCAAACAUUGGCAGGCAAAAGGGAGGUACUAGAGAUGACCAUGUUUAUACUUAUUACCACAAAGAAAACUAUUGUCCCACUGUUACAGAACAAUCACAUAAAAAUCACAAGACUUAUGGGGACCUUCAUGUGAUUGUCAUAUGGAGGUCAUACAUAAGAUACGAUAGUUCCCCAUAAACUAGCAUGCAUAUACACAAAUGUUGGUGAGGUAACUCGGAAGUGGGAAAGAUGCUCCACAAAUGAUGGACCUGUCAGCUGAUGGUGCAGUUUUGGAAUUUUGUAGCAGAGAUAAGCAUACAUAUACUACUAUCCAUAGAGGUCUUCCUGCUAUAUAUUAUCUCUGAGGGCCUUUCAAAACCAGUUAAUAAACUUCUCUACCAAACAUUGAUUGCGGUUGCCUUGCUACUGGAAGUGGAGAUCGCCUGUGAUAUUAAACCUCUUAACUCCAAUCACAACAAAUAUGGAAAAUGAACAGAUGGCUUUUACUCCGGUACAAAUGUGGACCGAAUAUGUAUCAAAACACUCAGUGACCGCUGAAUGGAUUUAAAUGUAAUAAUAAAAUAUGAGGAUAGAGUGCAAUUACUUGUGCAUAGGUAUAAAUGGAUAGGGACAGCACUAGCCAACAGAGGGAUUGCAAUUCGGGAAUGGAGGUAGAUUUCUAAUGGGCUUGACACCCAUAAAAACACAUACCACUGAGGGUAACAGCGUGAUGCACGCAAAAAUAUUUGUUACUAGGCUAUGUUUGUGUUAGUUUUUCUUAUGCUAUUUAAUUUCUUUUCUUGAUACAUGUCAGAAGAAGCAUCUAUGGAUGAUGGAUAAGUGCAGUAUUCGAUACAUCUUGGAAAUUAAGAUAUGCUACAAGUCUAAUAUGCAUAAAGUGAACCCAUGUACGGGCAUACUAAGGACGCAGCUACUGUUAAUGCACUACUGCAUGGUUAUUACGAUAUCUGUUAUUCUAGAGCAGUGUGUACAUCCAAUAAUGUCCUGUGUAGUAUCAUUGCAUCACUCAACUGAAACAUCAAUAAACUUCAAAGUGGAAACAAAAUGUGACAAUUCUAUGACAUAAUUUUACAAUGAUAAAUUCAUUUAUAUCAGGCAAGAGAUCUCGUCCUGGAUCUCUGACUCCGUCGGAAACACGCGGGCAUCUGGGCUAUGGAAUGAACCAGCCUUCUCCAAAGGGCCCCAGAAAAAGUGUGGUGUUAAGGUACGUUGCUAUGUAUUUUGCUUUUAUCUUCUACUUGAACUUGAUCUAGCUUCAUAAUUGGUGAGAACAAUGACUUGAGGUAUAGAAUGUGGCAAUUUGUUGGUGCUCUUUAAACAGAUUCAGCAAGAUUGAAGUUACAUUUGAGUACAGAUUUUUUUUUUUUUUUUUUUUUAAUGCUUUAUUUAUUACAGACAGUCAGCAGAGCAUACAACGCAUAUCAGAUGCAUAUAUUGGUUUUAGUGAGUAUUACAUUAAAGAGCUAUGAAACAGGAUUGCGUAUGUCAGGAUGUGCAAAUCCUCCUCAGCUCAUGAAGUAUAGCUUUUAAUACAGUAAUAAUCAACUUUGGCAGUCUGAAACAUGACUAUAAAUAUGCGUUUAUAUUUCCCUAUGACAUCAGCUUGUUUUGUUUUGUUUUUUUCUCUCUCCACUCUUCUGUGUAAAGGCCAAUUCAUGCCAUCUCUGACAUCCUUCAAGACCUAAGACUUCAACUGUGUAGAAAUCCCAUUUAUUUGCUAGUGAAGAAGGAGUCUAUUUGGGACAGUUCUGUCAAGGCUUUUCGCAAGUCUAGCUUUUCACCAUUUCACACUAUACACGUAAAGUAUAAGGAGUUUAACCUGCGAAAAGCAUACCAAGAGCAUAACGUCUCCACAUCAGAGUAUUUCCACCUUCUGCUCAAAUCACUGGAAAAUUCUAUUCUUUUUGAGGGGUCUGAGCGGAAAAAUCUUUCUAUGGAUCCUGAUGGUAAGAGCAUUUUCUUAUUUGACAAACACACAAUGCAUCAUCAAGGCCUAUUUGUAAUGGCAAUGUCUUGUUCUAACCCCUUGUGUCCCCCUUUCCUGACAGCACUACGUGACAACCUGUACUUUGAGGCUGGCAGAAUGGUAGCAGUCGCGCUGGUUCAUGGGGGGCCAGCUCCAGGCUUUUUCUCUCGCACACUUUUCUACUGCCUCAUCUACGAGCCUCAGCAUGUGCAGCCAAUAUUGGAUGAUGUUGCGGAUCCUGAUGUGCUGCAAGCAAUACGAACGGUAUAUUGUUUAAACUUAUGUUGGCAUUUUUAGCAUGCUGUUCUUCUUUAUAAGCUGAUGUAAAAAAAACCUGGACGGUGCCAACUUGGUAGUCUUUUUGAAAAUGUUUACUUUCCCUAGUCUGACAUUGAGCAGACACAAGACUAGUCCUCAUAAUGGUAGUACAGAUCCAAAUUUCUAGGCAUGUCUCUGCAAGAGAGAUACAGCAAUCCCCAAGAAUAUAACUUUGGAUCCUCAUGGGCCUCAUUUAGGUUCACCGGACACCUUUUUUAGGAGCAGUGAUCGAGGAGAUCACACACAAAUUUUUCUUCUUGAUGGAUCUGGGUGCAGGGGUCCUUCGUUUUUUACCCUGCAAUGUAAAGCAUUGCCAUUUAGUUGACACGGAAAUGCUUAAAUUAGUGCGUUAAAUACGCCUCUGUUGCCUGUAAAACUUAUGUGGAGGGGCGCAGCACUGGACGCGCAUGUGCUUUUUAUCCACAAUGCUCAUCUAUGAAGAACAUUGGAUCGGACAAAAAGAUUUGUAGUGACUUUUAAAGGGAUACUAUAUUGCCAUGAAUACAAAGCUGUAUUUCUGGCACUCUACCUCCCCCCUCUCUCAUGUGCCUCUUCCCUCCCGCUGCCGCAGUAAAUAAAGGUUUAAUUGAUCUCGGCACUGGGUUGUGGCUCUGCCUCCUGCAACAUCACUCGGCAAGGAUACGCUAAUGUGCAAGUGUGCUGAUUAUGCCAGGUAACUCAAUUAAAGGAACACUAUAGGGUCAAGAACACAAACCUGUAUUCCUGACCCUAUAGUGUUAAAACCACCAUCUAGCCCCCGUUGCCUCCCUAAAUUGAGUAAAAUCUUACUUGUAUUUAAGUCUGCAGCUGCUAACUCUGCCACUGACCUGCUGUCUGCUAAAUUCAUCAGAAGUGGUGGUCUGGGCCAAUCACAAUGCUUCCCCCAUAGGAUUGGCUGAGACUGACCAGGAGACAGAUCAGGGUCAGAGCCAGCACAAGUCAAAUACAGCUCUGGCCAAUCAUCUCCUCAUAGAGAUACGUUGAAUCAGUGUAUCUCUAUGAGGGAAGUUCAGUGUCUCCAUGCAGAGGGUGGAGACACUGGUUGGCAGUCCUGCUUACUCUGCAGCACUGCCCAAGGAAGCACCUCUAGCAGUCAUCUGAGAAGUGGCCAGUGGAGUUAUCACUAGGCUGUAAUGUAAACACUGUAUUUUCUCUGAAAAUAGUGUUUAAUGCAAAAAGCCUGAAGGGAAUGAUUCUACUCACCAGAACAAAUACAAUGAGCUGUAGUUGUUCUGUUAACUAUAGUGUCCCUUUAAGUAACCUAUUCAUUGUGAAAACAUUGUAUAUCUCAUGCAAGACACUAAUAAAAUUUUGAAUCUUGAGUUAUUUUUUUAUUUUUAUUUUUUAACAGAUUCAAUCUUGCCACAAAAUUAAUUCUCUUAAGUCUGCAGUCAAUCAGUACUUUGAAUACUUGCAGAAUACCGGAAGCCUGCACCUUGUGCAGGCUGUAAGUGAUAAGGCGCUGCUGGUCAAGGACAUUCUGGCUUAUCACGUGAUACGUAGAGUGCAGCAGCAACUUGAGAGGUAACCUUAGAAGCAUAACCACUUAAUUACAAUAUGAAUUGUGUAUAUUGGGUACUCUGUGUUUAUACAGUUUACUCUUGUCAUUGUUUCAAAGAAUCCUAUUAAUCCAAUAUGUUUUGCUUAUGUGAAUUCUCAAAUUCCCCACCAUGUCGGCAAAGUAAAAACAUUUUACUUGCCUUAUUUUCACAGCCGUGCAGAUGUCCUGUCCUCUUGGCCGGCCUUGCUCUGCCUCUUUGGCUGAGAUCAUCAAACUUGAUGAGCUCAGCCAAUCCAAUGCAUUUCCAUAAGAAAGCAUUUGGAGGCUAUUGCGCAUAUGCGGCAAAUGCCAAGCUGUGCCAAUCAGCAACUCCUCAUAGAGAUGCAUUGAAUUAAUGCAUCUCUAUGGGAAGUAUUCAGCGCCUCCAUACAGUGUGUGGAUACUCUGAACGUCAGUGCUGCACAGCAUCUGAGUGACUGCCACUAGAGGUGUUCCUCAGUAGUAAGCGCUGUGUAUGUUUGUAAAGCGUUUUACCCCUGAUUGCACCAAUGGAACUCCUGGAACUAUAACAACUUCAUUGAGAUAAAGUUGUUGUGGUGCCAAGAGUUUCCUUUACACUGCUUCUAUAGCCUAUACCAUCUAGCCUUAUUGUUCAUUCCCAGACUGAUUUAUAGCUAUUAACAGGGCACCUAAAUUGUGUUGCAAUAACAUACAAUUGUUGGUAGAUCUAUAUCAGCAUUGCAACAUUCCACGAACCUGUCAAGUACAUUGCGACACACAGUACAGCACAUAUUCCGGUCAGCAUCAAUGUCCAUCAUUCACAAUAAUAGUAAAUAAUAGUAAUUCUUUUCUUCCCUCCAACAUUCUCUCCAACUUCCACACUGAUAUUUAAGUGUCUGACCUGUAACUACCACUUUGUGUGUCAGUGUGUAUAUGUACCCAUAUGAUCUGUUGUGCUGACUUUCAUUGAUUCUACUGUAUACCUAUGUUUAGGCCACCCUGUAUAAUGUGUGUGUAUGUGGUGUUUUUUUUCUAGCUUUAAACAAGGUUUGAAGACCCUUGGUGUGUUGGAUAAGAUUCAGGCUCACCCCACUGCUUUUUGGAGUGUCCUCUGCAUGAAACAAGAGAAGUUGACAGCCAAGGUGAUGACAGAACUAUUCACAGUUGCAUAUCCUGAAGACAUUUACACAAAUCGGCAAAGUGACACUAGUUUCUGGAUUGACUACCUAGAAGACACAGAAGGUUAGUUGGUUUUGUUUCUAUUUCUAUGCACCAUGUAUAAAGAAACAAGUCUUGGUAAAUACACAUUACACUGCCUCAUUCAAAUAGUCCAGUUGAAUGACUUAAUGCAGCUCCUAAAAGGGUACUCUAAGCUGCUUUUUGAUUUGGUUACGUUACGAGGCUCUUCUUUCAUUAUAAAUGACACUGGACAUCUUCACUGUGUGCAUAAGAACAUCCAGCGUCAGGGAAAUCCUCGUAGGAAAGCAGUGUGUCUCAUCUCUCUAAAGUGACGUGCGACUGGUGCUUCAGAAUUCAUAUUGCAAAUUGAGGUCUUGUUUUGUGACGCUCUGCCUUUCAGGGCAUUUAUGAUCUUGCCAACGUAGCCCAGGCCGCACGGAUACUUCAAGAGAUGGACUAAAAGAUCUGUCUGGCAAGUUAAAGGACCACUCUAGGCACCCAGACCACUUCAGCUUAAUGAAGUGGUCUGGGUGCCAGGUCCGGCUAGGGUUAACCCAUUUUUUUUUUUUUUUUUUAAACAUAGCAGUUUCAAAGAAACUGCUAUGUUUAUAAAUGGGUUAAUCCAGCCCUCAAAUCCUCUAGUGGCUGUCUCAUUGACAGCCGCUAGAGGCGCUUGCGUGAUUCUCACUGUGAAAAUCAGUGAGAACACGCAAGCGUCCAUAGGAAAGCAUUGUAAAUGCUUUCCAAUGAGACCGGCUGAAUGCACGCGCAACUCAGCCGAAAGGGAGGAGGAGGAUCGGAGGCGGAGAGCUCCCCGCCCGGCGCUGGAGAAAGGUAAGUUUUUAACCCCUUUCCUCUCCCCAGAGUCUGGCGGGAGGGGGACCCUGAAGGUGGGGGCACCCUCAGGGCACUAUAGUGCCAGGAAAACGAGUAUGUUUUCCUGGCACUAUAGUGGUCCUUUAAGAAAGACUACUCCUCAACCCAAAAGCACUUCAGCUGAUCAACCAGUUUCAAAACCCUAAAUUUGUGUUUAGCUGCCUGGAAGAGACACUGGUUGUAUCCCUUUUUAAUGAAAUAUUUGGACGUUGUUGUUGUUAAGCAGGUAUCAACCAGUGAGUCUUUACUCCCAACCCUCUGUACCCACAAAUAUGGUGCCUUCUUAUGCCAACCUGUUCAUGGUGGAUUUUGAAGAAUUUUUUGUUUUUAUAUGAAGACCUUUCUUUUCAGACUCCUGUCCCUUUGUUGUUAAAGGAUCACUAUAGGCAUCCAGACUACUUCAGGUCAUUGAAGUGGUCUUGGUGCACUGUCCCAGCACCCUUAACCCUCCCAAGCUAAUUAUUGCAGUUUUUUUAUGAACUGAAAUAAUUAGCUUUGUGGGGGUUACUCUCCUUUAGGGCUUCUCAACCCAGUCCUCAGGACCCCCUGCCAGUCCAGGAUUUGGGGAUUACCUGGGUGUGUCUAAGGUGUUUAGAAAAAGGGAAGAAAAAAAAAAAAACCUUGGACUCUAAGGUGUUUUUUUUGUUGUUUUUUUUCUAAACACCUUUGGACACACCCAGGUAAUCCCUAAAGCCUGGACUGGUAGGGGGUCCUUGAGGGCAAGGUUGAGAACCCCUGCUCUACCUCUAGGACAUCCAGCAUCACCAGAAUCCCCAAUAGGAAAGCAUCGUAUAAUGCUUUCCUAUUGGGAAAUCCUAAUGCGAGUGAGGCCAUUGCUGACGUUGGCAGGGGACAUUGGCAGUGUUCCCAGGUAAGUGACUGAAUGGGUUUUUACCUUCUGCAUCGUGGGGGGGAGGUGGGCACUAAAGGGAGCUAUAGUGGAAGGGCACACAUGUUGAAUAUACUCAUUUUCCUGGCACUAUAGUGCCCUGAGGGUGCCCCCACCCUCAGGGUCCCACUCCCACUGGGCUCUAGGUGGAGGAAGAGGUUAAACUUACCUCUUUCUCCAGCGCUGGGAGGGGAGCUCUCCUCUUCGGCUGAAUGCGCAUGCGCGGCAGGAGCUGCGCGUGCAUUCAGCCAGUCCAUAGAAAAGCAUUCACAAUGCUUUCCUAUGGACGCAAGCGUCUUCCCACUGUGAAAAUCACAGUGAGAAGCGCGGAAGCCCUCUAGCAGCUGUCCAUGAGACAGCCACUAGAGGCUGAAUUAACCCAUGUUUACUGAAAAAAGGGUUAAUCCUAUCUUGACCUGGCACCCAGACCCCUUCAUUUAGCUGAAGUGGUCUGGGUGCCUAUAGUGGUCCUUUAACUAUGUUUAUUUGCCAACAUGAAUACUCACUAAAUGAGAAUAAAAUAUUGUAUAUGUGACACUUUUAUUGGCUAGGGACCUUGUCUGGAAAGCUUGCAAAUUAUUCCUCUAUUGAUAAAUUUUAGGUAGGGGGGGGGAGGGUUUAAAUUUUCUUAAUUGUACUUAUAAAAUAAUUUGUAAGGGUUAUUAACUAACUAAAGUGAGAAUUGUUGGGAACGUCAAAUAUAAAGCUAAGUCAGCUAUGCUUCCUGCCUGGGUACUUUUGUUCUAACAUUUUUAAAUCCUGACUAAUCCCUCUGAACUAAACAACCCUGUGAGUUUAGUGGUAUAUAUUUCAUACCACUGGGCAAAGGCUUGUGUUCUGUGUACCUCAUCCAAUAAAAUUCAACGGUAGGGCCUUUUUAAUUUUUUUGAUUGGAACCUUGAUAAAAAGCAGUAGUUUUUUAUAUUUAAUUUAUAUUUUUUAUCUUACAGAGGGGUCUACUGCGGUCUCUUUGGAGAACAUUCUUGUCUUUGUAACCGGCUUGGACUCAAUUCCACCAGCAGGUUUUAAUCCUCCGCCUACUGUUCAUUUCAGUCACAGAGCUGUUCCAGCUGCAGAUAGAAAACAUAACUGCUUAAAGCUUCCGAUACUUCCAAGUUACAUAGAGUUCUGUAAAAGUUUGGACCAGGCCAUAUGUAAAACUUUGCCGAAGGCAUAGCUGAACUUCCUCAUUUCCUUUGGAGUUCACUUCUAACACCGUAUUUGGAAAAGAAGCCAAAAAUGCUGAUGUGUUUUUGGGUUUUUUCCCUCUACCCGCCAACAACUCUGGAAUCCCCACCUGUAAGACAUUGAAAAAAGUACCCACAUUGUUGUGACAUUUUCAGAAAAAUGUAUUUUUCUACAUACUGCCAUUUUGUGCAACGACAAAGACUGCCAUUUUGAGCAUUUUCUCAGGAGACCAUUUCUGAUGAAAUUUGGAAAAAAAAUUUGGGGAGCUGUUGGGAGUUAAGACAUUGAUUAUAUAAAAAUGUUAUAGCCACAUAAUUAUACAGAAUAUACAUUUUAUGUCGACAGUCACAUGAAAUUGCUUUGCUUUGGCGUUUGGCCUGUCUAGAUAUUUGAGGAAAUUGCCCUGUAAGCGCGUAUGGUGGUUUUUUUAUUUUAGUUUUUUAUUAGAUUGUCUAGCUGUCAAUGGUCAAAACAAUUUUGUAAAGUUGAAAUAUUUUAAACUAUCAUGCAGCAAUAUACAAGUUAGGCACUGAUUAGGUUUUACCCUAAUUAAUAACUGCACGUUUCAUCUAUGAAACACAAAAAAAGCAAAUGCCUGUAUCUAUAAAAAGAUAAACAACCUUUAUUUGUACUAUUUUAAAAUGUGCCACUUGUAUAGUGAAUUACACAUUACAAAUAUUUAGACAUAUCAAACAUGUCCCAUUCAUGUUUUGUGGGCCUCAAUAACUGGCUCCUGUAUGCAUGUGAGUAAAUGAAUGGACACAUGCAAAGCAGGGAAAAGUCUCUCUAUGCAUUCUAGUGUUUAAUACUUUGAGGAGAACUGCCAAUUCUCAGGAUUUUGUAAAUGUUUUCUUAUCUCUAAAUUUAGCAAACCUGUAUUAGAGGUGGAAAAAAAUGAAAUAUAAAAACCUUUACCUCUGUAUGCUACAAUUGGGCAAUUCACCUUAGCUCCCUGUCUGAUACUGUGUACUGUGCACCUGGCAGUCAGCAUUGUGAAAGCUUACAGGAAAGAGGAGAAACAAAACAAUGUUUAUAUUUCUCCUCUUCAUUUACAAUGUUUGUCCUGGCUCUGCCUUGUCUGAACUGGAUUGUGACUUAACUUGCAAACUCUUUAAUAUAAAUGUAAAGGACCAGUUUGGCCCCUUAACUUUAUCAAAAUGAAGGUAUGGUGCCGUGAGAUCUCUGGCGCAGGUUCACCUUUAGGGGUUAAACUGUUCUCGAAUGAUUUAACCCUCAAAUCAGUGUUCCAUCUUUGGAUGUCUCUGCCGCUUUGUCCUUCUGGUUGCUCAAAUUAAAAAAUAAAUAAAUGAAAGAUUGGACCGCUGAUUGGGGAGAGCAAUCAGUGACUCACCAUUCAUAAAAAGGAACAUACCUUUUUCAAGUCUGAUCUUAUAAAUGGGAAGUCACUGAUUCGCUGAGCGGGUCACCUGACUGUUCUCAGCCACUCAACGGUGUCCCUCCUGACCCUUCUGGUUUCCUGAAACUGAGCAAACAGAACAGUGGGGCUGGGAGAUCCAGGCUGGAACACAGACUUUGGGUAACACUUAAAGGUGAGACCGUACCAGGGGCCUCUUAGCACCUUAAAGGAAAUCUGUACCGCAUACCUGGCCCUCCGCUCCCCCGUCGUGAUCUAAUUAAAGAGGAGGGUGUUACACUUCUGUAACACCCACCUUUGGUCCACCCAUGCUCCUCCUCUGUCCUGUGCGGAUUUGCCGUGCUUUGGAAACUUACACAAGCAGAGCAAAUCUCCUCCAUGUCUCACUCCAUUCUUUUACACCCUUCCAAUGCUAGCAGCACAUGUGCUGUGAGUUCUCUAAUGCUCUCCCUACCUCUCAAUUGCUCAGAAUUCAGUUUCUGCUGGGGAAUUGGGACAGAUGGAAGAAACCUAUUUUUUUUAAAGCUGCUAGCACAAUGUAUAGAUAGAAUUCUAAGCUCUGACAAGUUCCCUUUGAACAACUUCAUAUAGAUUAGGUUGUUAUGGUGCCCAGAGUGUUCCUUUAAAGGAAAACCGAGAAUCUCUUUAAGUUAUAGCUGAAUUAAGAUUUUCAAUGUUUUAUUCAGUAGUGUAAAUUCAAGGGAUGUUACAGUUCUCCUUUAAGUAGGUCUGUCCUCUAAUAUUGUCCCUAAAAAGUUCUUAAUUUUUCACCAUGCCACAUUAUCCAUACAGUUUUGCUUUUUUUUUUUGUUGUUAUUUUGGUCUAUGUGGAACAACGCAUUUAAAAGAAAACACCUCAGGGUUAAAAUUACUGAUUGUUAUUCUUGUAGGUCUGUAGUACUGUAUGUGUACUAUAUGUAGUAUACCUAAUACAAUAGAACUCUAUGUAUAUGCAAUGUACAUAUCUAACUAAUCUCACAUUGAGGCUUACAAGUAAUUGUGUAGUGACCAUGGACUGCUCAACGCAAUGUUCCAAGAGGAUCAUGUGCUUUAUAUUAACUUAAAACUAAUGAUAUUAAUUUAAAGCAAUGUAAUGUUAGAGAAAUUGUGACAUUUUUGUUCUUCUUGUCUAAUGUCUCUUGGGACUUGCUGCCGCAGUAUUAAUUGCUUUUGGACUGGAAGUAUUCCAGUGGUGACUUGCACUUGGAAUAACUUUAACAUUGUCUAAAUCAGAGGCAACCAAAGGUAGAUCCCCAAGUAUUCUACAGUUACACCUUCCCACGUGUUCAGGAAGCAUCAUGUAGACUUCCAGCUAUUGUAGAAGUACAACUACAUUUGGCCACUCCUGGUCUAUAUAUUGUUCUACCAGCUGCAAUGGAUUGGAAUUAUGUUUGUUUUAUAUUAUACUUACUUGUCCGUUAAGGUUUAAUCUACAAACCGUUCUGUAUAUUAUGUUUAUUGGGAGCGGGGGGGAGGGAGUUGUCCAGAUAUCAAAGAGAUAAUCCAAUUACAUUUACUAAUAAUUGUAGCUCGUAUAUCCGUGUACUUUUUAUUAGUCCUUUAAUGGGGUGUUAAGUGGCUUUAUAAUGUUCAUGUUAUUCAUGAUGAGUAACAUUUUUGUAUAUAUUUAUAUAAAUAGUUUUUACAUUUUAAAUGGACAUGCAGGAAUAUUGCAAAGCAUUGUGGGUAUUUAAACAGAGGAUGAUCACACUCACUCAAGCCAUUGUAAUGUUGUUUGGCUUCAGCUAAAUGACUUGAGUGUUGGAGACUAGGAGUCAAAGCAACCAGUCUUUGAGUUUUGUAAUAUAUUUAUAUGUUGUUUUUUCCUACGUAUUUUCUUUACUUGCCAAUCUUUACGUGUGUGUAUGUGUCUGCGGGUGUAGGAUUUAUUCCUAGUAUUGACACAGUAUAUUUACAGUCUGCACCUGUUCUUUUCCAUGAAUUAUCCAAUGUAUGUGAAAUUACAGUAUUAAUGUUACUGAUUGAAUUGUCUGUAGAUUCAACAUCUGUUUGCUCUGUCACUUUAUUUAAUAGAGAAUACGAGUAUCAAUUUAAACGGAUGCAUUGUCAUAUUUUCAUAAGUAUUUCUUGCUGCCUUGUUGUAUGUCGGCCGAGCUUAUUUAUUUUGUUUUUCAUUUUUCUUCUGUUUCUCAACCUUUAAAGCUAUGUCCUGCACACUAAUGCCUUAAACACCACCCCACUAAAACCUUAAACGCCACUCAUUUUCUAUAGCAUAGGAAGAGACACCCUGUGUACCAAACAGCUUAUUGUAGUGGUUAUGGUGCUAAGAUUCUCUAGGUUGCAUCCCCUCGUUUUGUCACACCAUUCAAGAUAAUUAUUUUAGAAGUUUGGGGGGCUAAGAAGAGCCCUGGUUUUCAUAAAACCGCUUCAAAAUGGGUCUGACAAAACUUAGGGAGCAUCACCCAUAGACUUAUAAACACUAAAUGAGCUAUUUUGGCUAUGCGGAUUAGAACACUGCUUUUUAAGUGCAUGCCUCAGUCAAUGUUUGGAAAGUGCAGAUUAAAAAAUACUGGCUUUAUUAGAGCUUCCGAAGCCAGUUGCUUAUAAAUCUCUCUGCACAGAAUUAACGCUCAUUCCGGGCUGUCUAACGAAGACUGCUGGAGGUGGAGUUACACCUCCAGUACCAACAUAAAAUAUCUCUCUGUAUAUUCAAUAUGAGAAGCUGCACAUUUAGGGAUCGUGUACCAUGACUACUUUAAAACACUGACGUGGUCUGUACUUCUUAUGGUAUAUAACACCGUACAAUUGAUGGGAGGAAACAGAUCACUAUAAAUUAUAUUAGAAAAUAUAUAGGUACUUAGGAAUGGAAAAAAGUCCCUAUCAACAUGCCAAACAAUUGUCAGCAUAAAGGUCUGUGUCUUCCUUGCCGACACUAGAGUAAGAGGGAAGAGCAAAGGAACCCCUUGUAGAUGGUUCUCCUGCUCUGUCACAGCAGCUACAGUACAUGCUCUGUAAUUGCCAUGAUUGCUCCUAAUAAUUGUUACUCAUGCUUGCUAGUAUUGGAACAGAAUGACAGUUGUCAAUCUGGUUUGACACUAAUGCGUUGGCAUUGAAGACAACAUGUCAAAGGGGAGAACUGAUCCACUUGAGAAAGUGUUCUUAAGUAGGAAAGUGGUACAGGAGGGACACUAUGUCAUGGAGGCACUGGCAUGAUGGUGAUGGGGCCAUUAUUAAAGGAACACUAUAGAAUACAAAUCUGUAUUCCUAACACUAUAGUGUCUCUGCUUCUAUCUGUAGUAAAAGACAGUGUGCCUGAUAUUGAAAUAUAGUCAAGAUGUACUUCUAAAGUCAGGAGAGACAGCAAAGUAGUGAGGUUGAUAUAAAUUCUGAAUGUCAGGUCAGUCGUAGUUAAGGCAAGUCCCUGAAGUGAAGCCCAAAGUUAUUUAUGGAUCGACCAGCUUAGAAUUAUAGGAUUUAGGAUGCAAACAGAAACAUGGAAUAAACGGUCUGAUUGCAGUUUACAGGGUGAUAUUACUAGAUGUAAACAAAGAGCACUGCAGGUAUAUCCCAUGUGCCUCUGAAAUGUGGUUGGUUUUAAACUUUCUUACCUAUAAUGUAUUGGUAGAUCUGAUAAGUGGUUUAAUUUUUUUUUUUCCCCUUAGGUUUUCUAAAGGAGUUAACUCUUUUAACAUCCUUUUUACAUUUGUAUAGUGUUUUAAUUAACUUUGUAACAUCAGUGCCUAUGCUGCUUCUUCGAAUGUAUGAAAUCGGGACUACGUGGGUGGGCCAAAGAGUAAGUGUCACUGUCACAGGUCCAGUUGGAAAGUAUGGCAUGCAAACCAACAGACACUCUGGCCAGCCCCACCCCAUCAAUCUUUUAAUAUUGCUAAUUAAUUACUAUGUAAGGUACUUUGGUUUACUAUUAAAUUAAUGAAUAAUGUUGUGAACUAGAAUUUUUUUUUACUUUUAUUGUUCUUAAACUACACUUGGA